GUUCGCCUCAGCUCUGUCAGGUGGAAACUCCGCCAGGGGGCCUGUCCCUGCAGUUACGCUCAGCUCCGGCCGGUGGACCCCCUUUCCCUCAGCUCCGCCAGAGGGCCUGUCCUUGCAGUUCUCCUCAGCUCCGUCAGGUGGACCCCUCUCUCUCCCUCUCGCCAGGGUUGGUGUCAUGGCGGCGGCGAAGAGCAGCGCUGACCUGGUGUCCGAAUUCCUGCAGCAGAAUCGGCGGCUGGCGGACUGGGUGGAGACGGUGAAGGGCCACCAUGAGCCCGAGAAUCACUGGAGGGCCCGCCGUGAAUUCAUCCUCCACAACCUGAAGGCGGAGCAGAAGGCGAGCGGGGCCGAGCCGGAGCCGGGGCUUGGUACAGACCAACUGCUGGCCCUCUCCAUGGUCUGGGCCAACCAUGUCUUCCUGGGAUGUCG